AUGGCAAAGUGUCACCGGAACAACGUCAGACCAUUGAUUAUUGAUCGCCACGAUCCUACUACGAAUGCAGCCAUCGGCGGCCACUUCUGCCUAUGGAAUGCGCUCUCGGCCUCCUCAUUUCGCCGCAUCAUUUUUGAUGCCGUGAGCUGCGGCGACAGCUCCCGUUAUCAGCACUCCCAUUGCGACGAAUUCAGCUCCACUGCCUCAACCACGAUAUCAACCUCUGGGAACCCGAAGGAGAAGCUCUGAGAACAGAUGCAGGGACCAUCCAACUCCAAGCGUAACUCCAAUGAGAAGUCCAAAAAACUAUCGGAUCUUCUGCAUAUGGGAGACUCCCAGAAUCGGGUCGAAACGAAAAAGAAGGAAUAGGCAUCGGGAGUGCAAGAGUUGCAAGUAAAGGACUUGAGGAAGCGGCAAGUGGCGGGAUCAAAUGUUAGACUGCUCGCCAAGGAAAACUUGAAAGUCAGAGGGACUCUCGCAAUGCUUGGAGUCAUUCCUCCUCUGGUUGGGAUGCUUGACUUGGAAGACGCCAACUCUCAAAUCGCUUCUGUGUAUGCGUUGCUCAGUUUAGAGUUCGGCAAUGACGCAAAUCAAGCAACCAUUGUCAAAGUUGGCGCUGUUCACAAGAUGCUAAAACUCAUUAAAUCUCCUACUACUCUGGAUUCUUCAAUCUCUGAAGCGAUUGUUGCAAAUUUCCUUAGAUUGAGUGCUUUAGAUUCAAUUAUUGGAUCCUUUGGGGCAAUACCUGUCCUUGGUAGAGCCCUUAAAAAUUUAGAGAAUACAUGUAGCCCGCACACUAAGCUAGAUGCUCCGCGAGCACUGUACAAUCUCUCCAUCUUCCCAACCAGUAUGUCAUUCAUUUUGGAAACCGAUUUGGCUCCACAUCUGAUCAACACAGUAGGAGACGUGGAGGUGAGUGAAAGGGUCCUUCCCAUCUUGAGCAAUCUGGCAUCAACACCAGAGGGUCAAAAAGCUAUCGGUGCUGCGCCAGAUGCAUUCCCCAAUUCUGAUUGAUAUAUUAAAAACUGGAAUGAUGCACCAGGAUGCCAAAAGAAGGCAUUUUACAUUUUGAUGAUUAUGGCACACAAAGCUUAUGGCCACAAGCAGGCCAUGAUUGAAGCUGGGAUUGUAUCAUCAUUGCUAGAGUUGACACUUAUGGGUACCCCACUGGCACAAAAAAGAGCCUCAAGGACAUUACAGGUUUUCGGGAGUUGUACAUGCAAUGUCUCUACUCCUAUGUGUGGCUCUUCAUCAUCUUGUACAAAGCCUCACGAAGGUGUUAGAAGGUUCGUGGAGAGAGAGGAGGAGAUGAUGAGCGAGGAGAAGAAAGCAGUGAAGCAGUUAGUCCGACAGAGUUUGCAGAACAACAUGAGGAAAAUAAAGAGGGCUAACAUCCCUCAGGAGUUUGUUCCAUCAGAACAUUUCAAGUCACUCACUUCAAGUUCGACUUCAAAGAGCCUGUCGUUUUGAACAUUUUUAGUUGAUGAAGGGGAUGUCGAAUUUGAAGAGGAUAAACCAUGUAGUUGAUUUUCUUAAAAUCAUAAUUUUACUGAGCUUUUGAUCCUGUA